UCUUACACUGUCUUCUUAGUUCAAGCAGCGCCAUAUGGCGCAGAUGAAGACUAUACUUAUCUGUUUGUGGAAUACUUGUGGGACAAACGGAACAAACGGAACAAACUGGAACUUUGUGGAACAAACGGUCCUUAUCUGUUUGUGGAACACUUCGUAGUGCGUGUAUGCAACGAAUCGCGUGCGCUUUAGGAAUCUUGCAAUUGGUAGUGUUUGGGUACUUUUAAAUUCUUCCUAUGGCUUUAUUUCGUCUGAUAUUUUAUGUGCUGGUUGCUGUACUGGUUGUAAUCGGUAUAGAAGCAGUGUCCGACGAAAGCGGGAAUGUGCUGAUCACUGAAGACAUUUUCCAUUUGCCCCUCAACCUUUCGGAUGCUGGCAAUAAAUGGACGAACAAUGACUAUAGACUCUGGCCAAACCGUACAGCAAUUCCUUACUACUUAAGCAGUUUCUUUGAUAGAUCGGAAAAGCAAAUAAUUUUAAAGGCUUUUCGUCAGAUGGAGAAAAAAACGAAGGGAUGUGUAAUGUUUAAAGACAGAACGGACGAGCCCGAUUAUCUAUACUUCCAACCCACCGAGUCAUUGUUCUCCAGUUGCGUUGCGUCAGUGGGAAGACAAGGGGGCGCGCAAAAUAUUUCUCUGCGGACGACGCUGUGUUUUAGCAUCGGUAUACUCCAGAUGGUGAUCAUGCGUGCUCUUGGUUUUGGCUUCGAGCAGAAACGCCCCGACCGGGAACAAUAUGUCGAAGUGCACAAAGAGAGCAUCUUAAGCCUGUUGUACGAUGAUCAUUACGGAAUUAACCCUUCGAUGUACACAAGUGGAACCAAGUACGACUAUCACUCUAUUCUGCACUACGGAGCAUUCCAUGCCGCCCUAUCCAAUGAGCAUCCGGCAAUGAUACCCAAAAAAGGCCUUAUAACGCGUAUGGGACAGCGAGCACGCCUGAGCCCUAUAGAUGUGGCAAAGAUUAUGGUGGCCUAUAGAUGUCCCCUAGAAAUAUUCCCCGCAAAAAAAGAAGCCGCAGUCCAUGAUGCAGAUUUUCCAAACUUCUCGAUGGAUGCAAUGCAACAGGACGAGUGCGCGGCACAGUUCAAUCGCUACUGUCAUUCUGACUUAACGACAGUAACAAAUUGCACCAGUCGCAAGGAUUUCCGAAUUGUGUGCGUGUCAAGCGCAUCAGUUCGAGUGCUUGAACGAAUGGCGAUGGAUAUGGCGGAGGAGCCGCUGCGACCGGUUUCGAUCAAUGUGGAAGAAACGCUUAUCGCUAAGUACUUAUUUAAGCCAUUGCAACGCCAAGUCGUCAAACUGCGAGUGCGAAACGGCACCACGAACCGCGUGACCUCCAGAUUAAAUGACCUUAUGCUCCCGAAUCUACUGCACUUUGAGCUAUACCACUGUCACCAUUUGGUUAUCGAAAAGGCUGACUUUAUAAUGUCUAAACGGUUGCGAAUAAUUCUUUUACGUAACAGUACCAUCGACACUAUGCAUUUGGGUUCCUUAACGGAUUUGCCAGACCUCCAAGUGCUUUCGUUGGAAGCAAUACCGGAAGGGCAACAGCAUAAUAAUUUUGAGCAACCCUUUCGAGAUUUCCUGCGACGCCUUCACUGCGAUUGCGGAUAUGCAUGGUAUCGAUCCUGGUGGCGUGCCAAUAAACAGAUGCGGCUACGCGUCGAUGUUGGGGAAAUUUACUCCUUUGAAGGAAUUUAUUCGACUGUCGGCCUGUUUCCCAACACCGCUUUCGAGAGCGAAAGCUUUGGAAAGCAAGACCUUUAUCAUCCGAUAGACUGCUCGGCAGAGCCUUUUCCUCUGGGUUCUGGGUGGAUCAACUACUACAGUCAGGUUGAAUACUCCAUCAACGAGCCUGACUGUUCAGAGCUAAUCGUUCGCGGCUAUAAUUAUUCCACCAACAAGAGUGUGCAUAAGAGAGUUACCGGGCUUCCUCUGAACCACACCGCAGCACCAGAUAACCAACCCGGAUAGCGCAACUUUGAUGGUUUGUAAAAAGUCAUUGUAACCAGCCUUUGGAUAAUUUCUGAUACUGAUUUCAUUUCCACUUCGCGUAGUUGGCAUGGCAUAGUUUGCCGAUAUUACCUGGACUAUCAGCGGCUUCGAACGUGUCGAAGAACAAACGCCACUAUUGUGGCGGUAAAUACGUAUAUACCGUGGUAGCGGAGCUGCAUCUGUAAAUCAGUUCAAAAGUAGUUUGAUAGAGUACAAAUGAAGCACUGGGUAAACCUUACUCAAAUAAUAUUAUUUCCUAUGAACUAUCUGUACAUAUUACAAAUAUGUCCUCUGUCAAUAAGACUGGCCGAGUUUUAUGCAACAUGACCAAGGUUACGCAGAACGACCUACUCG